CAACAGUCGUAUCUGUCGUAUGGUUUGGCAGAGUUAACGUAGUUUGGUUCAGUUGGUUGGCAUUGUAGUGAAGUGGUCCAAAGUGGUAGCUCACUUGAAGUGGGUGGAAAAAAAUAAUAGGGUCCGAUCGUACAAAGGUGAUAUACCAGGAAAUAAUGUCACAUCAAACGGGAAUAAAAGCCAACGAAGCCCUCAAGAAAUUGCUAGCCAAAUGUAGAGAUGGCAAGAUACGAGUGCUCAAGGUAUCCAUUGAAAACGAGGAAUUAGUUCCUGCAUUUUCAUCAAAAACAAUUGGAAAGUGGCAAGAUGAUUACGACAAGCUUGUCAAACCUCUGAUUGUGGAAGACCAGCCAGCUUACAUCUUAUAUCGACUUGAUACAAAAUCACCUGACUCUGGCUAUGACUGGUUAUUCAUUUCCUGGUCCCCCGACACGGCAUCAAUUAGACAGAAGAUGUUGUACGCCUCGACUAAAGCCACGCUAAAGCAAGAAUUUGGAACUGCGGCAUUCAAGGAAGAAUUGCACGGUACAGUCCCAGAGGACAUUACCCUUGAAGGAUACCAUAGACACAAAAGAAACGACGCUGCUCCGGCACCCUUAACUACGGCUGAAGAAGAGUUGGCCGAACUCAAGAAGACUACUGUCCACACCGAAUAUAGCGUUGAAACCAGACAGCAGACUCUAAGUGGGGUCGCUUUUCCUGUUACUGAUGAAGCCAAGCAGGCAAUCAGUGAUAUUGGAAAAGGAAUUCACGAGUAUGUUCAAUUGAAGAUUGACCUAGAAGAAGAAAAAAUACAUCUGGUCAUGGCCUGCGAUGUAUCAUUGGACAAAUUGCCAACCAAAGUCCCUGCGGAUGCUGCCAGAUAUCACCUAUACAUUUUCAAACAUACCCACGAGGGCGAUUACAUGGAAAAUAUUGUUUUCAUAUACAGCAUGCCAGGAUAUAGUUGCAGUAUCAAAGAACGGAUGUUGUACUCUUCUUGCAAAGGACCUCUUCUCGACCUUAUUCAAUCGUUGGGGGUUACAAUAACUAAAAAGUUGGAGGUAAAUAGCGGAGAUGAAUUAGCCGACAUGUUGGAAGAUCCUCCUACUGUAAAAGAAAGUGCGGCAACAACUCCUGCUACUCCGUCAACACCUUCCGCUCCUCCACAGACUAUACCUGAUAAAAAAUCAAAGCCUAAACGGUCGUGCGUUCUAAGUUAACAGGUGCUCCCUCUAACCACUGCUGUAUGAAAAUAUUUGUGACCUUGCAAAAGAUUAUCAUUUAUUCCCGUAAACGUUAAAAUUGCAGUCAAGUCUGUUUGAUGAUGUCAGCUUCAAGUUUGUUCAUGGUAUACAUAUAACGCAUCAUGCGUUUGACAAUUCUCAAUAAUUCAGAGUGAAAAGUUAUCUUUUCAAAUGUUCUACGUAGUAUAGAUCACAUUAAAAGUCAGCACAUUCUAAAACAUUUACUGAUAGAUAAUAACUGAUGUCUAUGGAUUUUUAGAAUUAGUUGUUCAAAGUGAUACGUAUAUCUAUUUAGCGAAUUAAAGUAGAACAAAUGGUGUAUUUUUCUAAAUUCUAAAACCAAAAUUGGUAAGCCAAAUUCUUGUUGAAAUAACUAUGAUAACUAUAUAUCUGUGGUAAACAAAAGUAAGCAAAUUUACGUACAGAAAAUAGUAUAUCCUGUCCAAUCGGUGCUCUGCCUUGGACAAGUCUUUUAAUUUUGUUUUUUUGUUACGUUAUCGGAUUCCAUUGCAACAAUUUAUUCCUCUUAAACCGUUUAGAGAAUAGGCUCUUGUUGCUGGGUUUUUAUCACAAGUCAAUAUAAUCGUUGACGCACUUGUUAUACGUAUUUAUAAACAUAGCUGUAGAUUUUUUUUUCUCUUUACGAUUCCCUAUGACUGCUAGGACAAACUUAACAUUUAUAUUUGACAUGCCCAAUUCUGAGCCCUUAGAAUUAUCGAAUGCAACAAAAUUGCCAUAUAUCGAAUUCUGGUAUAGUAACUAGUAGAUUACAACGUAUUGCAGUUUAUCAACUCAAGAUCCAAAUCAAAAAAAUUAACUAUUACGUUUGCUCAUUCAAUAUCAUUAUUAGAGAUCGAUCUGCCAUAUUUUUAAUUUAGAAGUCAAAUUCAAUUCCAAUAAUCUUCGUUCGACGCAUAGAUUCGGAUAGUUUAUUAAAAUAAAAACCCAGCAUAUAAUGUCUCAAAUUAGUUCCUAGUCCUAAAUCAAGUGAUACGUACCUAUAAGUUGUCUAAAUGUGUUUAGAAGAAAGUUAAGGGCCUGAAUUCCAAACAUCUGUCGACAUUGAAUAGCAUCUAAGCAGUGUAGGACAGUGAAGUUUUAAUUUAGUAUUUUCAGCCACCAGAUAGCUGAAUGUGAUUAUUAGAGUGUUAGGAAAAAAUUCCAUGUGCUCUAGCUAGCUAACGCCACUAACCUUAUCGCUCUGCAUAUUUUAAUAAUAACAUUGUAUUUGACAGGUGUUCAAGCAAAGUGCAAAUGUUAUUGUUUAACGUCAGAGUUAAGCUAUAUUCAUUCCACAUUGUCGAAUUACUUGCGUUUCAUAGUAAUAACAAUGAUAUAUAUACAUACAUAUAUAUUAUAUACAUAUUGAAUGAUAUAUAUUAUACUCUACACUAUUAUAUACUAUAUAUAAUAUGACAUAUUAAAAUUCACAAAUAUAUAUAUGACGUAAGACUGAACGCGGCACAUCCCACUCGCUGUGUAUCUGUGGCCCUUGAAGUGCCAGUCGAAAUUAAUUAGUACUUUCUAGGUAAUUGUACUGAAUCGUUUAUUCAACCGUACUUCACAUAAUCCUAAUCUCAUACCCACCAUAACUACAAAAUAUAUUGGUUGAUUUGUAGAUGGAGCUUUAUUGUAUUAAGUAAUUGAAUCAAUUUUUUUGAUUUUUAGAUUUGAGUGAAGUAUCCGAAAAAAAAUCAAUUCAAUUCAGUAUGCCAGUUCAACUCACCCUAAUCAGUAAAAAUGAGAUGUUUCCUGGAAACUUUACAUCAUCGCUCGAAAUAAGUACUAUACUAAUUACAUGCUUUAAAAAAAAAAAAUUUGUCGAGUCUUGCAUAAUUAAUUUGAUACGGCAUAUUUGAGUCAUGUGGAUAAUUGCUUGCCAGGAAAGCCUAAUCUCACUGUUAAUAUAUAUUUUUAUCACUGAUUAAAUAUCUUUUGAUCUGAUAAGCUUGCUCUAAAAGUAUUCAAAGAAAAACUGAUGGGAAUUCUUGAUUAGGCAUAUUUUUUAUCGAUUUGACCAAUAUACAAUGUCAACGGUGACAUAUUCGUAUUUGCCAAAAUUAUUGUAUUAUAUCUACAUGUAUCAAGCCAAAUUUCAUUGAUCUAAGUUUGCACAGUUAUACAGGGUGGGAAAGUUGUCAGAUAGGCACCAACAAGAUGAUGAUAUUCGAGAGGCAUUCUAUUUUUCGUGAUGUGUAUUUUUUUAACUAUUGUAGCUUUUUAUAAGCAUUUUAAAAAUCUUUGGUCGUUUUAAAAAUCUUAGUAUGUUGAGUUUUAUUUUAAGAAUACUAACAAAAAAUGUGAAUGCAACUAAACCAAACUUGGGUGAUCAUACAUUUUUUUUUUACUUUAUGUUUCUGCAACAACUGUGACUGCGAACUGUGAAUUUACUGGUUACAAAUUUUUCUACUUUUCAAUUUUGAAAUCGUAUAUUUCACUUCAGUUCGAAUAACUAUUUCGGAAAGUACUCUAUUGUUCUAACCGUCCUGGGUGUCCGGUGCAAAUUAUUCGAGUCAUGAAAAUUUUUUGUUGGAACAUUUAUUAUCCAUCGUGACCCAAGUUUGGCACAUUAACAUUUUAAACUUUUAUCACGAAUCCUUAGGCCUAAUAUUUUUCUGCACGAUGCUCAAAAUUUCAAAUUGUGUUCCGAGAUGUUGAAAAAGUAAAAGAACAACGCACAUGUUCACCUGGGCACAAUUUAUGUUUAUAAGUACUACUGUUCCAGGCCAGGCCUAUUCUGUAAGAUGCGUUCUGGGAUUUUAUAUAUCAUUAUUAAUUUAUACAAAUUUCUGUUACAAACAUAGGUUCCUUCAUACGAACAAAAUAAAUUGUAUAUUCUUGCCAAUAUUAAAUAUAUUAUGAAUAAUAAACAAUUAUACAAUUUGAA